AGUCUCCGUUUGAUAGAAUCGACUCCUUAAAUGAAUCAGACUUGAGUCAGUCCAGUCUUCAGUGUGUUUGUGCAGUUUGGAAACUCGGAACGCGAACGCUUCAGCAUGGCAGUUCGUGUGUGUCGCCGUGGUAACCGUGUGGCUCUGCACAUGCUCAGUCGGAGUGUGUCCCACAGCAGUGUGUCGGUCGAGACCCUCAGUGAGCUGCACUCACACACACAAACUCCGUUUUCCCGCUCUGCCAUCGGGACGUUCUUCCAGGAGCGGCCCCUGCUCACCAACCCGUUUACCCAGGAUGCACUGCUGCGAGCGUACCUGCAGCGCCACCUGCCUGUGCGGGGGGUGCAGGAGGAGCUGAUGCGCUUCGGGGAGCGUGUGGUGUGUGAGGUGGAGGCUCUGGGCCGCCGGUGCGAGCUCAGCCCGCCGGUGCUGCAGCGCUACGACCCCUGGGGCCGCCGGCGCGACCGCAUCCUCACCUGCGACGCCUGGGCUCACCUGAGGCGCAUCUCCGCGCACGAGGGCCUGGUGGCCGCCGGAUACGAGCGCACCUACGGGGAGUGGAGUCGUGUGUAUCAGAUGAGUAAGAUGUACCUGUUUGCUCCGUCGGCUGGACUCUACACCUGCCCGCUGGCCAUGACGGACGGAGCUGCUAAAGUCAUCGAGACUUUAGGUAUGCCGGCCAGAAAAGCGUUUGAGCGUCUGACCACACGUGAUGACAAGAGAUUCUGGACAUCAGGACAGUGGAUGACCGAGAGGAGAGGAGGAUCUGACGUCUCGAGCGGUACGGAGACGGUUGCCAAGCGACAGCAGGACGGAUGGUUCAAGCUGUAUGGCUUUAAAUGGUUCACGUCGGCCACGGAUGCUGAUAUGACGCUCACGCUGGCCCGUGUCACAGAUGAACACGGACGCACUACACCGGGCAGUCGGGGUCUGUCUCUGUUCCUGGCGGAGGUGUGGGACUCUGACGGCUCAUCUAACGGGAUCGAGGUUCAGAGGCUGAAGGAUAAACUGGGGACGCGGCAGGUGCCGACGGCGGAGCUGCUUCUGGAUGGCAUGAACGCGCGGCUGCUGUCCGAGGAGGGGCGCGGCGUGGCCUCCAUCGCUAACAUGCUGACCAUCACUCGCAUCUACAACACUGUGUGUGCGGUGGCCGCCAUGAGGAGGAUUGUCCAUCUGAGCAGGGAAUACGCAUGCAAGCGUUCAGUGUUUGGGAAGCUGCUGAAGGAUCAUGCGCUGCAUGUGCAAACACUCAGCAGAAUGGAGGUGGAGACUCGCGCUGCGUUUCUGCUGACGAUGGAAGUGUGUCGACUGCUGGGUCGCGAGGAGAACCAGAGCGCCAGUGAGAGAGAAACACUCCUACUGAGACUGAUGACCCCUGUCGCCAAACUCUACACCGCUAAACAGGCGGUGUCUGUGGUGUCCGAGGGUCUGGAGUCUUUCGGUGGUCAGGGUUACAUUGAGGACACUGGGCUUCCCUCCAUGCUGCGCGACGCUCAGGUGUUGAGUAUUUGGGAGGGCACCACGAAUGUUUUGUCUCUGGAUGUCCUGCGCUCGAUGGCGAAGUCCUCCGGGUCGGUUCUCCAGGCGUUCUUCAGCGAUGUCGAGGAGCGUCUGCUGGCGGCUGAAGCCUCUCCCGCUCUGCGUCCAGCGCUCGCGUCUCUCCGCGCGUCUCUCUCGGCUCUGAUGCGUGUGUGUGUGUGGGCGGCGUCUCGACCCGCGGGAGCGAUGGAGCUGUCAGCGAGAGACCUGGCCUACAGCCUCGCACGCGUCUACAUGGGUAACACACAC